GUCAAUCAUCAUAGGUCGCAGCGACCGUGAAUCUCCCGUGCGUUAUUCAGUGGGACCCCGCCUCCCGAGCAGUGCGCUUCCCAUCUGUCCACACGCAAUAUUACCAUACAUACGAACAAAUUUGUAUCGAGUGCAUCUUCUCUACAAGUGUUCAAUGAUAGAAUUUUGACAAUAUCAAAAUAUGAACCACAUUAAUUAUUAAGAAGAAGACACAAUUGGAAUACAAUGUAGAGGUGCCGACUCGGCGUAGAAAAAUGAAAGAGGGCGGUCGCGAGGAGGAGCCGACCAACGCGCCGGAAGCUACACCGGCACCGGGUAUGCGCACCGAACACACUUGCUGUUGCCUCGGCGUGUUGGUGGGCAUCUCGCUCAUAGCCGCCCUCGUAGCAGUAAUACUGAUGAAGGAUACUACGGUAGAAGUCACAAUACUUCGACAGGUACAUGUGUUGAUGUCUCAUGGCGAGAGGACUCCAAGUGAACGCGAACUUGAAAUGUUAGGAACAAGUCCCCCAGAGCAUGUUUUUUCACCUUACGGCGCUGGUGCUAUGACAAAUGAAGGAAAAAUGUUGACUUUCGAAAUGGGCGCAUUACUUAGAAAGAGAUAUAACGAUUUCUUAGGACCACUUUACGACGCAGAAAGCAGUAUCGUUAUAGCUUCAGAUACAAAUUUAAGUAAGAUGACAGCUCUGCUGAUAUCGGCUGGAUUGUGGCCGCCGCCGGAAGAGCAGCUCUGGAAUGACACAAUCGUGUGGCAGCCGGUACCUUACAAAUAUCCUCCACAAAGCAAUGAUUUUCUUCUGUACGAAAAAAAUUGUCCACGUUAUAAACAAGAAAAAGGAAGAAUAUUGAAUGCGUUCGUCGAUGAAGGCGUGCUGGUGCCUUAUCGGGAUCUGUUUCAUAAAAUUGCGCAAAUGACGAACACGAAUUUUAGUACACCACAAGAGGCUUAUUUUUUAAACAACUUAUUUCUUAUACAGGACGAUAUCAAAGUGGCAAAUCCGAAAUGGGCAAAACACGUUAAAAGGAAAUUGAUGGACAUCGCCCGUCUUGAAUACUCAAUGAUGUUUCACAACAAUCUUUUAAGGAAAUUGAGUGGCGGGGCUUUAUUACAUCAAAUAAUAAAGGAAGCCGUUUCGAACGCAUUGGGAGCAUCGCGGUUACGCAUGAUCGUACGCACGGGCACGCCCGUAUCCGUGGCGGCCGUGCUGGCGGCGUGCGUGGCGCCGCCGCCGCGUCUCCCCGACCCCGGGGCCGCGUUACUAUUCGAACUACACGAACGACAACCGAAUAAAGGAAAAAACGAACCAUCACUCAACGACGAGCAACGUUUCGGAUUUAAGAUCUAUUACUGGGACGAUGAUUCAGCUGAACCUCGUCUCAUGGAAGUGCCCAAUUGCAAUUCCUUCUGCACGAUUGAACAAUUCAAAGAGUUAACGAAAUACAUAAUUGCCCAUAAUUAUGAAGAAGACUGUAAACUUGUUGCGGAACAAACCAAUUGAAUUACGUUGUAAAGCAUUCGAUUUAGUGACACCUUAGAGACAUUCUCACAACACGUAUCCAUUAAAAUCAACGUGAAACUUUAAAUUUAUCUUUAUUAGCGCUAAAUAUUAAUGUGUGUUAAAAUUUAAUGUGUGUAGAUACGUAAGUAAUCAAAUUAUUUAUGUACAGUUUGUCAUUGGUGUUAGUAAUGUUUGAUAAAUAUGGCUUUACGAAAAUGCUUGCUUACCUUAGAUUUCCUAUUUUGAAUUAUUUAGCUAAAUUAUAGUUUAUUCCAAUUUUAUUAUCGGUUGUUAGCUUUAUUUUUUUAACUACCUUAGUUCGAACAACAC